AACACGAGCAAUAGAAACCCUAGUCCCAAAACUAUAUAUUCUUCGCUUGCCGCUCAUCGCCACCUUCUCUAGCGUUUUUUCAGAACUCUGAGCUAAUCGGCAAACUUCAUUUAUCUUCUUCUACAACAUGGCAACGCAAAUCAGCAAGAAGAGAAAGUUUGUAGCGGACGGUGUGUUCUACGCCGAGUUGAACGAAGUUCUGACUAGGGAGCUAGCAGAGGAUGGAUACUCAGGUGUGGAGGUUAGGGUUACUCCAAUGAAGACUGAGAUUAUCAUCAGAGCCACCCGUACUCAAAACGUUCUCGGUGAGAAGGGGAGGAGGAUUAGGGAGCUGACAUCACUUGUGCAGAAGAGAUUCAGAUUCCCUCAAGACAGUGUUGAGCUUUACGCUGAGAAGGUUGCCAACAGAGGCCUCUGCGCCAUUGCUCAGGCUGAGUCUCUCCGUUACAAGCUCCUCGGUGGCCUUGCCGUUCGCAGGGCAUGCUAUGGUGUCUUGAGAUUCGUCAUGGAGAGCGGAGCUAAGGGUUGUGAGGUGAUCGUGAGUGGAAAGCUACGUGCAGCACGUGCCAAGUCCAUGAAAUUCAAGGACGGUUACAUGGUUUCCUCUGGUCAACCUACCAAGGACUACAUCGACUCUGCUGUCAGACAUGUUCUCCUUAGACAGGGCGUGCUCGGAAUCAAGGUGAAGGUCAUGCUUGACUGGGACCCUAAGGGAAUAAAUGGACCAAAGACACCAUUGCCUGAUGUUGUCAUCAUCCAUUCUCCCAAGGAAGAAGAAGUAAACUCUGCACCUGCUCAGGUUGAUGCUCCGGCUGCUUUUGUACCCGAAGCUCCCCUCACUGCCGUAGAUUACCCUGAGAUGAUCCCUGUCGCCUAGAAAGGAAUACCUUUUUUUUACUACUAUUCCAUUUGAUUUUGUUCUUUUUUUUGUUCUUGGAAUCAGACUCCUUUCCAAAUUUUAUUUCUAAAAUUAUCUCAAGAAGUUUCCAGUGUAAGGGCUUUUGGAUCCAAAAGUUUAUUUCUCGUUUUCAUUUUCAAGAAAGCUUUUGUAUUUGCGAUAUACAAAAACCAAUUUGAAAUAACAGAUCCCAGUUA